AUGGAGAGAAGAUUAUCAAAAUGCAUCCACCCACCAAUUUAUGGAAAUCUUAUCACUCUUCUCAGUAUUGAUGGAGGGGGAAUCAGAGGAAUCAUUCCUGGUGUUAUCCUUGCCAGACUUGAAUCUGAACUUCAGAAAUUGGAUGGUGAUGAUGUUAGGCUUGCGGAUUACUUCGACUUGAUGGCAGGGACGAGCACCGGUGGUCUUAUAACAGCCAUGUUAGCUGCCCCAAACGAAAAUGGCCGUCCUCUAUUUGCUGCAAAAGAUAUAGUGCCCUUUUACCUUAAAAAUGGCCCUCAAAUUUUCCCACACCCAAGUGGGAUUCUGGCUUGGCCUUUAAGGAUAUCGAAAGUUCUAACGGGACCAAGAUACGACGGGAAGUAUCUUUACAAGCUGAUGAGAGACUUAUUAGGGAACACCAAAUUGCAUCAAACCUUGACCAGUGUCGCCAUUCCAGCUUUCGACAUCAAGAAGCUUCAGCCUACAGUCUUCUCAUCCUAUGAGAUUCCUAUCAAUCCAGGCACUGACGCACUGUUAUCAGACAUCUGCAUAUCCACAUCUGCAGCACCAACUUAUUUCCCAUCUUAUUAUUUCAAGAACAACGAAGAAGAAUUCAACCUUAUCGAUGGAGGCAUCGCAGCCAACAAUCCCACAUUGGUGGCCAUACGAGAAGUGACGAAACAGAUAAUGAAAGAGAACCCAGAUUUUUCCCCGACAGAUCCAUUGGAUUACACCCCAUUUCUGGUGAUCUCAAUAGGUUCAGGAUCCAACCGGCGUGAAAAGAAAUACGAUGCUAAAGCGUCGUCUAAAUGGGGUCUAAUAAGUUGGUUAUUUGAAGAUAACAAAAGUCCGAUACUGGAUUUUUAUGGAGAAGCGAGCAAGGCUAUGGUUGAUUACCAUAACAAUGUUGUUUUCCAAGCCCUGCAUUCCGAGGAUAAUUAUCUCCGGAUCGACGAUGAUACGCUAACCGGAGAAAUGGCCUCCGUGGAUGUAUCGACGGGGGAGAAUAUGAAGAACCUCGUAGAUAAAGGAGAGAAAUUGCUCGACAAAACUGUUUCACGCAUCAAUUUAGACUCCGGCCAUUACGAACCAGUAAAAAAUGGUGGCUCCAAUGCAGAAGCACUGCAAAGGUUUGCAAAACUACUGUCGGAUGAAAGGAAACUGAGGAGAUCCAACUCGCCAACUGCGUAGGCCAGCAACUCUCUUUUUAGCAUG